AUGACUUUCUUUUUCCUUGCUCGUUUGACUCCUCUUUCGGUUUUGCUGCAGCUCACUCUCGUCACUCUCCUGGCAACGGCCUAUUCCGCCUACGCUGGCGCUGUCUACGGCGGCUACGGCGCAGGUCUCGCCUACGGCCACGGUGUUGGUUACGGUGUCGGCUAUGGAGCCGGCCACGCUGUUGGACUCGGCUAUGGCGUAGGUCACGGUGUUGGUCUCGGCUACGGUGUUGGCCAUGGCCUCGGCUAUGGCCACGGUGCCGUCGUCGCCGCUGCCCCCGCUGUUGCCAAGGUUGCUGCUGUACCAGCUGCCCGCUCCUACACCUACCGUCAGGAUUCCUACGGCGCCCCAGUCGUUGCCCAUAGGGCUGUUGCCGUAGCUGCCCCAGCUGUCGCUAAGGUUGCUGCCCCAGCCUACGGUCUUGGAUACGGUGCUGGUCUUGCUUACGGUGCUGGUCUUGGUUACGGCGCCGGCUACGGCUACGGCCACGGUGCCGUCGUCGCUGCUGCCCCAGCUGUCGCUAAGGUUGCUGCCCCAGCCUACGGUCUCGGAUACGGUGCUGGUCUUGGUUACGGCGCCGGCUACGGCUACGGCCAUGGUGCCGUUGUCGCUGCUGCCCCAGCUGUCGCUAAGGUUGGUCUCGGCUAUGGCGCCGGUCUUGGCUAUGCCGGUUACGGUCACGGCCUUUACGGUGGUGCUAGCUACGGUCACGGUGUCUACGGCCACGGCCUCGGCUACGGCGCCGCUAAGGUCUACGGUUAA